AUGGGCUCACCUGGUGGAGGGUCCUUGCGUGAGCAGCUAUGUCAGAUCGAGCAAAGCCUCGGAGUUUGUCAUGUUGCAGAGGUCCAGGCCUGGCCGCGCCCACGAAGACCGCCUGCUGUGGUCCGAAGUGGAAGCGCCCUGGCGGGGAGCCAGCGAAGGCUCAGCCCGCCCAAGAGAAGCGCAGUUGGGUCUCCAGUACACGGUGCAGGCGAAAGACCAGCAAGCACUUGCCCGGCCUUGAUUCAUCAACCUGAUCCACCCCAGCAGGCAAUGACAAGCAAGCUGGCAUCGGUUCCUCGCGUGCCUGAGACCGAGUAUCCGUCCUCGGCACGUCAGUCAGAGGAGACUGACCUUGAUUGUGAUUUAAUCCUGAAACUUGACGAAGCAGUCGACAAGAUGAUUCGAGGCAGCGUCAGACGUUUGGCUUUUGGCACGGACACGGCCGAACAUGGCCUUGUGGUCGAGCUUGGCCCAGCGUCAGCGCCCAAAGAGCAGGGUGCGAGCGUACUGCAAGCUGCUCCAAGAUUGCCCCAGCAGCUGGCUGAGAUACGACAGCAGCUUCGCCAGCUGUCGGCAGACUGCGACCGGUUGCAGGCGCUGGCCGCUCCAGCUCCAGGGCGCGGCCAGGAGGAGCCAUUGGAGUCUGUAGAAGCGGA